AUGUGGGAAGAACUGUGGUCGAUCCACGGCCUUCUGGCUCUCUUCCGCUGGUUUCUCAUGCCGGGAACCCAUCUGCCAUCAAUACACAGCGCGGCUUCGCACGCCGCACACGCGGCCUCCAACUGGGUAUCGGGCUCUACCAUUGCUGCCACUGCUGUCACUGCUGACCUGGCCAACCUGACGAACUCGGCCACGGUGCUGGCGGCAGACGAUUUCGACGCCCUGCAGUAUGUCGAUCCUCUCAUCGGCUCCACGAAUGGGGGCAACGUCUUCGUCGGCGCGACGUUGCCGUACGGCAUGGCAAAGGCCUCCGCGGACACGAACAGCACCUCCAACCAGGGCGGCUUCACUUUGGACGGCAGCCCAGUCACCGGCUUCUCGACCAUGCACGACUCCGGCACGGGCGGGCAGCCAUCUCUGGGGAACUUCCCCUUAUUCGCGUAUACGACUUGUCCCAGCGGGGUCAUCAACUGGUGCACGUUCCCCAAGAAGUCGAGGGCGCAAUACGGCUACUUCGACAAGAACGACGUGAUUGCGAAGCCGGGACUGUUCAACAUCACGAUGAGAACCGGCAUCCGAGUGGAGAUGACGACAACGGAACGGGCAUCCCUCAUCCGGUUCAACUUCCCGCAGGCAGGGCAGCCUCUCAUCCUGCAGGACCUCUCCGAUCUGGGCGACACGCGGCAGGACAACGCCUCCAUCAGCGUGGACAGCAAGACGGGGCGGAUCAGGGGCCGCGCGCGCUUCCAGCCGAGCUUCGGCAGCGGCACGUACGUCCUGUACUUCUGUACGGACUUCCGCGGCGCCGACAUCCUCGACAGCGGCAUCUUCGCCGACAGCCGCGCCAGCACCGAGGUCAAGAACCUGACCAUCUCGCGGUCCAUCAACGGCUACCCGCUGCCGGGAGGGGCGUUUGUGCGCUUCAAGACGGCGACCAAGCCCAUCACGGCGCGCGUCGCCACCAGCUUCAUCAGCGAGCAGCGGGCUUGCGCCCACGCCGAGCGAGAGAUCCCGGACUACAACUUCGACCGCGUCUCGGUCGAGGCCCAGGCCGCCUGGAGGAAGAAGCUCAGCCCCAUCAAGAUCAACACAACCAGGGUCGACGAGUCCUUUGCGCGGAACUUCUACAGCGGUAUCUACAGGACCAUGGUCAACCCGCAGAACUACACGGGCGAGAACCCGCUGUGGGACAGCAGCGAGCCGUACUGGGACUCAUUCUACUGUCUCUGGGACUCCUUCCGCUCCCAGAUCCCCUUCCUGGUCAUCAUUGACCCGACGUCGGUCGCCGAGAUGGUCAGGUCUCUCAUUGACACGUACGUCCACCUCGGAUGGCUGCCGGAUUGCCGGAUGAGCUUAUGCAAAGGGCUCACCCAGGGAGGGUCCAACGCCGACAACGUGCUGGCAGACGCCUUCUUGAAGAACAUCACCGAGGGCAUCGACUGGGACCUGGGAUACGAGGCCGUGCUGAAGGAUGCGGAAGAGGAACCGUUCGACUGGAGCGUCAACGGCCGCGGCGGCAUGGACAGCUGGAAGAGGCUCGGGUACAUCCCGGUCCAGGACUUCGACGUCAAGGGCUUCGGCACCAUGACGCGGAGCGUCUCGCGCACACUCGAGUACAGCUACAACGACUUCUGCAUCGCGCAGAUGGCCGACCGGAUGGGGCGCGGGACGGACCGGGACAAGUACAUCGCGUCGAGCGGUAACUGGCGGAAUCUGUACAAGCAGGACCAGAAGUCGUCCUUCUUCAACGGGACAGACACCGGCUUCCGGGGCUUUUUCGAACCAAAGUUCCUGAACCAGACGUGGGCGUAUCAGAACCCGUUGAACUGCAGCAACCUGGACGGGAAGAGUGUCUGCUCUUUGCAGAACAACGGUCCCGAAACGUUUGAGAGCAGUCUCUGGGAGUACGGAUUCUUUGUUCCCCAUGAUCAAGCAACGCUCAUCGACACCUACGGUGGCCCGGACGCGUUCGUUCGCAGACUCAACUUCCUGCACGACCAAAACAUCACCUACAUCGGCAACGAGCCGUCGUUCCUCACGGUAUUCCAAUACCACUACGCAGGACGCCCGGGGCUCUCGGCGAAGAGAGCCCACUCCUACAUCCCGUCCUUCUUCUCGGCCGAGCCCGCGGGUCUGCCGGGGAACGACGACAGCGGCGCCAUGGGGUCGUUCCUCGCCUUUGCCAUGAUGGGCCUGUUCCCCAACCCCGGGCAGGACGUCUACCUGAUCAUCCCGCCCUUCUUCGAGAGCGUCGAGAUCACCCAUCCGCAGACGGGGAAGACGGCCAGGAUCCGCAGCACCAACUUCGACCCCAAGUACCGGAACAUCUACAUCCAGAACGCCACGCUGAACGGCCAGCCCUACAGGAAGAACUGGGUCGACCACAAGUUCUUCACCGAGGGCCAGCAACUCGUGCUCACUCUAGGUCGCAGGGAGAGCAACUGGGGCACGAGGGUCCGGGACCUCCCGCCGAGUCUGGGUGAGUAUCGCGGAUUCAACAGGACUUUCCCCUCGAACCGCACGAGGAUAGUAGAUACAACGUACAAGAGCGACUUUGGGGAGUUGGGACAUGAUUUGGACGUGUAA